AUGACGGAAGGCCCUUGGAGUUCUGCCACCACUUCAGGUUGGUCUGAAUCCACAGUCUCCUCUGAGGGUUCCCUCACCACAGCCACUGGGAGCUCCACCACCACUUCUGGUUGGUCUGAAUCUGCCAUCUCUUCUGAGGGUUCCCACACCAGAGGCUCUGGGAGUUCCACCACCACGUCCGUCUCUUCUGAGGGUUUCCUCACCACAGCCUCUGAGAGUUCCCCCACAAAUUCUGGUUGGUCUGAAUCCACUGUCUCUUCUGAGGCUUCCCCAGCCACAGGCCUUCAGAGUUCUGCCACCAAUUCUGGUUGGUCUGAAUCCACAGUGUCUUCUGAGGGUUUCCACACCACAUAUGCUGUGUCUUCUGAGGGUUUCCACACCACAUAUGCUGGUAGUUCCACCACUGCUUCAGGUUGGUCUGAAUCCACAGUCUCUUCUAAGGCUUCCCCAACCACAGGCCUUCAGAAUUCUGCCACCAAUUCUGGUUGGUCUGAAUCCACAGUCUAUUCUGAGGGUUUCCCCACCACAGGGCAGUGCUACAAUGGGGCCGCAUGGGACGGAGAAGAAUGUGCCUGUACCCAAGGCUACUUUGGUUACCAGUGUCAGUCCCUCUUGGAAUACUUCUUCAUAGGUGAAGACCUUUCCUGA